UGAGCGGUUUGAUAGGAUAUGACCUUGUUUGACCGUGUCACGGCUGGUCAUAUCGAGCAGCUAGGCCCCUCCUCUUACAGGAAGAAGUCGGCUCCAAACUUCCUGCGUUUUUUUCUCGUCUUUCUGUUUCUGCUAAGUAAACAGUAAAGGAAGAGCCAGCAUGACAACUGUCCUUCGCAGAUUGGCAGGGCCCAGGUGCUCAUCGUGGCGGUGCCUGGGUAUAGUUCUGCGGGGACCGCGACUGCUGGCCUGUGGCAGUCCCCCUUUGACGGGAUACAGUGGUGCACACAGCCGUAGGCAGCACACGGACGGAGCAGAUCCUGUAGAGGUGGAUGUAAAGCGGUUAGAAGGGCAAGACGAUGGGAUAGCAGAAGUGCUGAUGAGCCGACACAAAGCAAGAAAUGCUCUGGGGCAUGUGUUUGUGUCUCAGAUGAGGGAGCUGGUGUCCAGUCUGUCCAGUGACUCAGCAGUGCGUGUGGUGGUCUUCAGGAGCUUGGUACCAGGGGUUUUCUGUGCAGGUGCUGACCUCAAAGAGAGGGCUCUGAUGAACAACACUGAGUCUGAUCUGUUUGUCAAUGGCCUGCGAUCACUCAUGACUCAGAUAGCAUUGCUGCCCAUGCCGACCAUUGCAGCGAUUGACGGCGUUGCCCUGGGCGGGGGACUAGAGCUGGCCAUGGCUUGUGACCUCCGCACUGCUGCACAUUCGGCUCAGAUGGGUCUGAUUGAGACGACGCGGGGGCUGCUGCCAGGGGCGGGGGGCAGUCAGCGGCUGCCGAGGAUGGUCGGCAUCACUCUGGCUAAAGAGCUCAUCUUCACAGGUAAACGUGUGGGAGGGCAGACAGCUCUGGAGAUGGGGCUCAUAAACAGAGCUGUAAAGCAGAACCAGAUGGGAGAUGCUGCCUAUAGAGAGGCGCUCAGCCUGGCCAGAGAGAUACUGCCCCAGGCUCCUAUUGCUGUGCGCAUGGCAAAAGAGGCAGUGAACAGAGGCUUUGAGGUUGACAUCAAUUCAGCAAUGGCUAUAGAAAGGAUGUGUUAUGCCCGGGUAAUCCCCACGCGGGACAGACAGGAGGGUAUGGCUGCCUUCAUAGAGAAGAGAGCUCCGCGGUACACUGGCGAAUGAACUCUAGGACUUAUUGAAUUUCUCUCUCCCACAGAGACACACUGCUCUCUGUAACUCUCUGUGUGCAUCCCAGCCAGUUAAACAAUGUCAGUAUAUAGUGGUGAUCAUUUGCUUUAGAGACAUGAAGGAUUACACUGGCAAAAGGUGAUUUUAAAUUUGCUACAAAUCACAGUAGUGUAAUAUGACAAAGAUUUUGGUAUUAGCUGUUUAUACUUUGUUUACUCACAGAGUCUCUACUUUACAGUUGAUAAUACACAAUUAAAUGUACCAAAGAUCGAAUGUACAUUCCUAUGGAAGUUCAGUAUUCAGGUUAAUGAUGUUUAACUAUUAUCUGGCCCCAAAGAGGAGAUAUCAGGCAUAAAUAUUCAGGACCCCAUGAUAAGCAACACCUGUUUUUUCCUAACCUAGAAUGCACAUUGAAUGUUUUUUUUACACUAUUCUGCAGCCUUAACCUAUCAUACCAUGCACUUUGAAGAAAGUCCCUGCACUCUGACCUUAAUGAAAAGCAUCCCCAAAUCCUAUCCUCACCCAAGCAAUUGGCAUCUGAGAGCCUGGCCCAAUCAAAUGUCCAACAGCUGUCACUGUUCUACCAAGUUGGACCCACAACACCCAAAAGGUUCAACAGUGUGUUCCAGUGUCCCAGAACCACUACAAUUAGUAAUCAGCAACAAUCAAUAACUUACAUCGCACUGUUGGCUAUCUGUUAGCAAUCAGACAUUUCAAAUAACACAGCCAGACUUCUGAUACUUUUGCAGCCAACUAUUCAUCCAUCCAUUUUCCUCCGCUUAUCCGGAACCAGGUCACGGGGGCUGCAGUCUAAGCAAAGAUGCCCAG